UACAGAUAUAGUGGUCGGUUGUUGUUCCACCCGGAGCAUGCGUGUUAGUUAUUAAGUCAUUUAAUUAAGGAAUUUAAUAGUGUUUGACCCUCAAAAUGCCCCCAAAACGAAAUCAACUAACUGAUGAAGAGAAAGCAAAAAAAAAUGCAGAACUAAGAGCGAAAAGAAAGGAAGAAAAAACGGAAGCGAAGGAAUUGAGAUUGCGAGCUGGCAGGGAACGUUACGCCGAAAGGAAACGUACAAGAACCCAAGAAGAAGUUAUCCAAAAUCAGGGUGAACAGGCUAAACGACAACGUAAAGUACGUCAACAGGAAAUUCCCGAAAUGAGAGAAGAAAGACGCAGAAUUGACAAAGACUACCACCAGAAUCGACGUGCAGCAAAUGAAGUUGAAGCAAACCACGCAAGAAGAAGCGUAGAAGAAAUUCAUCACGGAAUUCGUCUUAUUGAAGAAACACAGGAGGUGGCGGAAUUAACGAGUGAAGCGAAUGAAGAGCAAUCUACGGCAACUGAAAACGAUGGACCAGAAAUUUUCUUGGAUGGUUUGGAAAGCGUUGAUUGGACACAAUGUGAUCAAGAAACUGAAGAUUUACGACGAGCAAAGUAUGCUCAAGAACAUGCAGAUAUUGUUCCAGUCGAAACAGAAGAAGAGCAACGUCACCGACAAGAAUUUUUGGAGCAAAAUCGGCAAACAAAGGUGAAGAAGACUCAUCAAUUAGCUCCGAAGCCAAUCUUAGAUGAAAGUAAAAUUAAGAUUUAUUCAUGCGGGAAAAUGGACGUGAUUCUCCCUCCUCCUAAGGAAUGCCCAGAAUUGCUUCAAAUGUUAUUUACCAACUGCCAUCCUAAAUCUGCAAUUUUCAUCAAAGAUGCCCGAAAGUACAACAAUGCUCUCGCAUUUGCAUCACUGGGAGCAUCCAUUGACAAUCUACGAGGAAGAGGACCAUAUUGUUACAAGAUUCAUGGGCAACUUUACCACAAUACAACUGCUGUUCAAUUCUAUGAUGAAGAAACAUCCGUUCCUCCCGCUCUCAAGUACGCGCAACUAUAUUUCCUGGAUUCUGCUCAAGCGAACGAACAACGAUUAAAUAAUCCAGCAAACAGAAGCUGUGAUAGUGCUCUCAUGGAACAACUAGAUGCUCUCAUUCGUCGUGUUAAUCCAUAUGCUGUCAUGUACAAAAACAUGCGUCAAGUGGCUAUGGAAGAGGACCGUCAAGCAGCAGUUGAAGGUAGGGCUCCGUUAGUGAUUUCGAUGGUUAUUCAUAACGAUCGAAGAACACAGGAUGAAAGAAGAUACAAUAGCCCUGCAGGAGAAGAAAUUGCGGUUGUGUUUAAAAGCAUUGAUGGAGCACCCCCUGAAAACAGGGAUGUCCGAGGGCAUCUAUUAAUUCCACGGAGAGGAAAAGUUUUCAUUAGGAUUGAUACUCAAAAACCCAUGUGCGAUCCCAUGACGUACCCAUUGCUUUUUCCGAAUGAACAAGAAUUAUUGGCUGAAGAAUCUAGAAUCGCAGACUUAAACGACGAAGAAGACCAGAUGCGAACUGAAAUUGUACCGGAACCAGAAUUUGAAACAGAAGUCGACAUUGAUCCUGAUGUUCCAGUACCAAUCUAUGACGUCAACCGAAGAGGACCGCGUUCCAGAAUAACUCAGUGUGAGUUUUAUAGUAGUCAACUCUCGAUACGUAAAGGGAUUUUUAAUGCGGUUUUAUACGGAGGACCGCUGUUUCAACAAUAUGUUGUUGAUGCGUACGUGAAAGUUGAGGCGAACAGGAUCCAUUACAUUCAAACGCAUCAAAAGGAUCUGCACGUCGCACAGUAUAAUGGUCUUAUGGACUAUAUUACGACGCGAGCUGAAAGAGACAACAUUACUGUAGGGACACCUGUGAUUUUACCUUCGUCUUUCAUAGGUAGUCCAAGAGCGAUGAAACAAGGAUAUCAAGAUGCAAUGGCUAUUUGCAGUAGAUUUUGA